AUAAUGGCGAAAACUUUUUGAAAUAAUUCAAUUUAAUGGAGGAAAUUGAAUAGUGUUUAAAGUAAAACAAUUGAUGGAAAAGAAGACUACUUAGUUACGUGAGAUGGAAAAUUUAAGUAGAAUGGAUUAAACAAAAAUAUAUAUAAAUAAAAAAAGCAUUAAAAAUAUUUAAGAUUCCACUUUCUCUUUGAAAUAUAAUGGCUACCCAAUUAUUGUAGUUGGGUAAGAUUCCACUUUCUCAAGAAAUCUAAGUUAUGCCAAUGUCAUCUAUGUUGUUAUAUACAUCAAGUGCAUAGUUUAUGAUGUUGAAUACACCCCUCAAAAGGUUGUGUUGCAGUCCAUUUUUUUAUGUAUUUAUUUUUUACCCAGCCCGAUUUUCAAUGCAUAAUAAUUUACUAAAGUGCCGCUUGAUAAACGAAGUACUUGUGGAGAAAUGGAAAAGUAAUAAAAUACAGCGAGGACUUGAAAGUUGCAACUUCCCUCGCAGCAUCAACCCUCGACAGUUUCAACUUUUCUCGCGGCUUUUCAACUUGGUAUUAGCUCAUUGAAACAUACAUAUACUUGAAUAAAAUUCUGGUGAACAAACCUUUGUUAUGUGCUAAAAUGGAGGCACCCUUUACUCCAAUUGUUCACAAAAUUGCCGGUGAAGUUGUCGCUAAACCUAAGCGCACCUUCACUCGUCCUACUGAGAUUUGUCUUGAGGAAUGGUGGCUUUCAAAAUUCGAUGAUGGUAAGGGUUUAGCUGUAAGCGGUCGUCCUAUAGAAAUUAGAAAAUGUGAUACCCCACAACGGAAGUUUCACUCUGCUCCUGCUAAAAGGAGAUUUGCGUCAAGAGAAUUUCACUCUACAAAAAUUGUAAAGAGGCAUGGUUGUACCACACUUGAAACUUCUGAUGGUUUUAUUGUUUCUCUGUGUGGCUUUAUAAACAAGUCUCGCACACAACAAAAUGGCUUUUCCUCUGAGGUUUGCAGGGAUUUCAUUUUUGGAUUUCCUUAUAAUUGGGAUGAUUAUGCCGCAUCUGUGAAUAAAGAUUUAAGUCAAAUUAACCCUAACGAUGUUACCGAGUGUGUCCUGCCGGCUGCUUUGGAAUCUUACAAUGGUGCACAGCUGCAUGACAUGGUGCUGUCUCUGUCUGAUGCUGAAAGAGAUAAAUUCAAUAAGAAAGUGUAUGACAACCUAAUUGGAGUGCUGACUCCACAAGCACUGGAUGUAAUUGAAGCUCAACCCUCAAAAUCUACUAGUGAAGCUGAUGCAGAUGUAUUAAACUCUGAAUCUCAGAGGACAGAGGCUAGCAAGAAGCGGGUAACCAGAUCGCAGACUUCCUCGAAGCAGGAGUCCUAUAUAAAGAAGUCCGGAGUGAAGAAAAUGUGAAUGUUCUACUAAUGUUGUCACUUAAGGGAGCAAUGAUGUAAACUUGAGGAAACCUUGCUAGUUUAGAACGCAUUACUGUACAUGAAACUCUUAUGGUAGAAGUAGAACUGAGUAAUUUAACUUACCUAGAGACCCAAUGCUAGGUUGCUAGCACUUGCAAAAUUUACAUUGACUUAACAUCUAAAGUUCUAAAGCUAACCUUACCCAAAUGCUUGCAUAAAAUGAAAGUUACAUUUGUCUGUUGCGCAUGUUUUUAGCAAGUCUUCUUGAUUAAAGGUGUAUGAAAACGAAAAUAGUGGGGUUUAGGACUUGUUUGGUGAUUUGAUUCGACAUUCUAGGUAUCCUAUUUACCUUUUGAUUUUAGAUAUUUUGGGUUGGAUAUCUGAAAAAAUUUGGGUUGUCAGAUCAAAUAUAAAUUGUAAUUUUUCUAAAGAAUUCUAUGACCAGAUCCGAAAAGCUGGUGAUUUGAUCUGAAAACUCGAUGAUUCGAUUCGAAAU